UCAUUGCCAAGCGUUGGUCGGUUUACAGGACCUGCGGUUCAAGCUCGGCGGCUUGCACCUGGGCUGCACACGCGCGGAGACGACUUAAUGUUCUUGUACUUUACUUAUUCGGCAUAUUAAACUGCAACGCGAAAGUGUUGCACCAGCGGACACCACGCGGCGAAUCGCCACAGUAAUUUCGGGCGCAGAAUUGCCGGGUGCAGCGUGCUGAGGCGCCCGACGUCAACGCCCACCAACGCCCCCACCAAUGCUGUGUUGACAUCUCUUAUAGAACUCUUCUAACAAAGUGGCGGCAGCCGGCACCGCGAGCGUGACGUCGGCCAGGGCAUGAUGACGCGCGCGGACGGCGGCCAUCCGGCGGCCGCCGACAGCGCCGACGGCGCCAGUGCCGCCAAUGGAAUUGAAGAGGCCGCAGCGGCGGCGGCUGACGCACUGGCGGGCCUGUCAAUAGGCGCCGCUACCAGGGGUGGAGAUGGGGCAGCGACGGAGUUGUCAGCUUCCGGCCAGGACCAGGGGCCGCAGGUGCCUGAAUCCGGUACUGCUGGCAGCCGAAUUGCGGGCAACCCAACAGCGUUGCAGGCCCUGCGGGAGCUGGUGGCCUGGCCGGUGCUCUACGCGGCCCAGGGGGCGGCGCUGGGCGUGCGGUGGCCGCGCGGGCUGCUGCUGCACGGCCCGCCCGGCUGCGGCAAGACACUACUGGUGCAGGCAGUGGCGGCCGAGGCGGGUGCGGUGCUGCAUGUGGUGACCGCGGCGCGGGUGACGGGCGCCUACACGGGCGAGAGCGAGCGGCGGCUGCGGGAGGUGUUUGCGGCGGCGCAGGCGGACGCGGACGCCGGGCGCGUGGCGGUGGUGUUCCUGGACGAGGUUGACGCGCUGUGCCCGCGCCGUGACGGCGGCCGCUCCCACGACUCGCGGGUGGUGGCGCAGCUGCUCACGCUGCUGGACGGAGCCGCCACGGGCCGGGCCACUGGGCUGCAGGGGCAGGGGCAGCAGGGGCAGGGGCAGCAGGGGCCGGCGUCGACAAGCGCCCCGCAGAAAGGCCACCUGGUGGUGGUUGGCGCAACCAACCGCCCCAACGCCCUGGAUCCCGCGCUGCGCCGCCCCGGGCGGUUGGAUCGCGAGGUGCUGGUGGCGCUGCCGGAUGCGGCGCAGCGGGCAGACAUACUGAGACUGCACACGCGCGGGCUGCAGCUGGCUGCCGACGUGGACCUGGCUGCAGUAGCAGCCGCCUGCCACGGCUACAGCGGCGCAGACCUGGCUGCGGCCACUCGCGAGGCCGCAAUGGCGGCGCUGGCCGAGGUGGCGGCGGCGGCGCUCGGCAUCGGCGCCAGCGCCGCCGCCGACAGUAGCGAUGCUGCUGCUACUGCCGACGGCGGCGAUCCUGUUGGUGCUACUGCUGAUGGUGCUGGUGAUGGUUCUACAGGGUUUGCCGGGUGGGGAGUGGGAGGUCUGAUGUCGGCGGGUCCGCUGCCGGCGCUGGUGGUGCGGGCGGCGCACCUGGCCACGGCGAUGAAGAAGGUCCGGCCGUCCAUUGUGCGCGGCGCGGAAGUGGACAUCGCGCCGGUCAGCUGGGAGCACGUGGGUGGCCUCGAGGAGGUGAAGCGGCGGCUGCGUCAGGCCGUGGAAUGGCCGCUGAUGCACGCUGCUGCAUUCGAGCGGCUGGGGCUGUCGGCGCCGCGUGGCGUCCUACUGCAUGGUCCCCCGGGCUGCUCCAAGACCACGUUGGCUCGUGCGGCCGCCACAGCCAGCGGCGCCACAUUCCUGGCUCUGAGCUGCGCGCAGCUGUUCUGCAUGUACGUGGGCGAGGGCGAGGCGGCCCUGCGCGACUGCUUCAAACGCGCGCGGGCGGCGGCGCCCACCAUCAUCUUUCUCGACGAGCUGGAUGCCGUGGCGGGCCGGCGCGAGGAGGGAGGCGAGGGCGGCGGCGGUGUGGGCGGUCCGGACGCGGGAGUGCGGCUGCUGACCACGCUGCUGACGGAGAUGGAUGGCAUCGAGCUGGCGGCAGGUGUGUUGGUGCUUGGCGCCACCAACCGGCCCGGCGCGGUGGACCCUGCCCUACUGCGCCCCGGCCGCUUCACCACCCUGCUCUACGUGCCGCCGCCCGACCAGGAGGGCCGCCGGGCAGCUCUCCAGGUGCACAGCCGCAAACUGCCGCUGGCGCCGGAUGUGGACCUGGCGGCGGUGGCGGCGCAGACCCACAACUACACAGGCGCGGAGCUGGCGGCUGUGUGUCGCGAGGCGGCCCUGGCGGCGCUGCGUGAGGACCUGCAGGGGGCGGAGCAGGUGGCGGCGCGGCACUUCGCGGCGGCAGUGGCGGCGGUGCGGCCGGCGCUGAGUGCGGCAGAGCUGGACACGUAUGCGGCCUGGGGCCGAGGCGGCGGCGGCGGCGUGGCGGCGGCUUGAGGGGGAGAUGGUGGGCCAUGGAGCCCGUUGGUCGCGAACAGAGCUGUGAGCUUGUGUUUCCAGGCAGGUUUAAGAAUACCGGAUGGUGGACAAAUGAGCGCGGUCAAGCGCGGCGUGAUCGUAGCGGUGGGGUUGGGAGGAGGUGCGGCUCACGGAAUACAUCGCUUGAUUUGGCUGAAUGCAAUGCGGCUGGACCAUUCCUGUUUGGGGGUGCCAUGCCUGGUAAUGCCCGGUUCAGCUGACAUGCCCAUUAAGCUGUGUGGGGCGUGGCGCUGCUUGCCGCUGCGAUGGGCGCUGCAGCCCGGAUAUGUAAGGCCGUCGUGUGACUCGCGUUUGAGGCGUUUGCCGUCGUGUGACUCGCGUUUGAGGCGCCUGCCGCUUGGGUAGGACUGGCAGACUUCGCAAUGGAUUGCUUCAUUCUGACAUAGCAUUGCCACGUCUCCAAAGCCUGCCUCUGAUGGCUAUGUGGCCCAUUCAAACGACCGGAAACCU